UACUGUUUGGGUGAUUAUCAAUUGUCACCUCUGCAGAUGACACCUGGAGAACUAGCCCUUGCCAGUGGCAACUACACCCCAGUUACCCAGUUCAUCCUGCUGGGAUUCUCCAAGUAUCCAGACCUCCGGGAGCUUCUUUUUGGAGCCUUCCUGCUCAUCUAUGCCAUGACAGUGGUGGGCAACCUGGGGAUGAUGGCGCUCAUCCUCACAGACUCCCGUCUCCAUAGCCCCAUGUAUUUCUUUCUCAGUGUCCUCUCUUUUCUUGAUAUUUGUUACUCUUCUGUGGUCACACCCAAGCUGUUGGUCAACUUUCUGGCCUCUGAUAAGUCCAUCUCUUUCAAGGGCUGUGUGGUCCAGCUGACCUUCUUUGUGGUACACGUCACAGCUGAGAGCUUCCUGCUAGCCUCCAUGGCCUAUGACCGCUUCAUGGCCAUCUGCCGACCCCUCCAUUACAGUUCUGUCAUGACCACGGGGACCUGUCUCCAGCUGGUGGCUGCUUCCUAUGCAUUGGGUGGAGUUAACUCCGCUCUCCAGACUGGGAAUGUCUUCGCCCUGCCUUUCUGUGGGCCCAACCAAGUGACACACUACUUCUGUGACAUCCCACCUCUUCUCCACCUGGCGUGUGCCGACACAGCCACAGCAAGGGUGGUCCUCUACAUCCUCUCUUCUCUUGUUACCCUUGUGCCUGCUGCAGUCAUCCUCACCUCCUACAGCUUGGUCUUGGUGGCCAUUGGGAGGAUGCGCUCAGCAGCUGGGAGGGAGAAGGCCCUUUCCACGUGUGCCUCCCACUUCCUGGCCAUUACCAUUUUCUAUGGCACCGUGGUUUUCACAUACGUUCAGCCUCAUGGAUUCGCUAGUGAUACCAGUGGCCAAGUAGUGUCCGCCUUCUACACCAUCCUAAUACCCAUGCUCAACCCUUUCAUCUAUAGCCUCCGAAACAAGGAGGUGAAGGAUGCUCUGCAGAGGAAGCUCCAGGUCGACAUCUGUCCCUGCUGAGCCCUGCAAGGUCGUUUGUUGGCAUGAGAAAGGCAUAACAUCUUCCAAAUCACGUUCUACAUUGACUUAACCAAGAGUAGCCCUGGUUUUGAAGGAGGUGGAAGAAGUGAAGAAGAAACAGCAAAUACCAUACUCUGUCAAGAG